GACAACAUGGAAAGGAAACAUGUGUCAGCUUUUGCAUUGUAUCAGUCAGUAGUAGAAAAAACAAAGCCACCGCCUCAGGUUGUCCCAAUCAAGAAAAAGAAGAGGAAAGAGAAUGGAAUUCCACCGUCGAAAGUCACCAAAAAGAUUAAACGAAAGAAGACCGAUAUCCAAAGUGUAAGCCAUGCAAAGAGAGAGGAGAACCACGAAAAGCCCGCUGAUGAGGAGCGUCCGUCAGAUGGCGGUGAAAGCGCUGAUGGUCCGUCACUGAACAUUCUCUUGAACCAGUUGACUAAGGUCAACAACAGCAAAGAGAGAGCAAGCAGAUUGUUCCAGUGGAUCAUACACCCCAUGUCAGAGAAAAGCUUCUUCAGAGAUUACUGGGAGAAGAAACCAUUGCUGAUCAAACGACGGAAUCCAAGUUAUUACGAGGGACUUUUCUCCACAGCAGAAUUUGACCGUAUUUUGAGAAAUGAUAAUGUCCAAUAUGGAGUGAAUUUAGAUGUAACCAGCUACUCAAAUGGUAAAAGGGAGACACACAACCCUCCAGGGAGAGCUCUACCUUAUACAGUCUGGGACUUUUACGAGAGUGGCUGCUCCCUGCGGAUGUUGAACCCUCAAGCCUUUUCAUCCACCGUGUGGAAUGUCCUCUCCAUCCUCCAGGAACAGUUUGGUAGUAUGGCAGGCGCCAAUGUGUACCUGACACCAGCUGGUACACAGGGCUUUGCUCCUCAUUAUGAUGACAUUGAGGCUUUUAUUAUACAACUUGAAGGGAAGAAGCAUUGGAGAGUAUAUAACCCGCGGUCUGAAGAUGAAGUGUUGCCCCUUGUGUCUAGUCCUAAUUUCAGUCAGGCAGAAAUCGGAAAGCCCGUCAUGGAAGUUGUACUUGAAGCUGGGGAUCUACUCUACUUUCCCCGGGGCUUCAUUCACCAGGGUGACUGCCUGCCUGAUGCCCACUCUCUGCACAUAACUAUCUCCUCCUACCAGAGGAACUGCUGGGGGGACCUACUCAUGAAGGCUGUACCUGCAGCUCUAGAGAUGGCUAUGGAGGAGGAUGUGGAAUUCAGGAAGGGACUUCCUCUGGAUUAUCUUUCAUACAUGGGGGUGCAGAACUCUGACAAAGAGGACCCACGUAGAGGUAAAUUUCUGGCGCAUGUGCACGGCCUGAUGAAGAAGCUCAUCGACCAUGCUCCUGUAGAUGCUGCAGUGGAUCAGAAAGCCAGGGAGUUUCUACAUGAUUGCUUGCCACCUAUGCUUACUGAAGCGGAGAAGCAGAGCAGUGUUUAUGGAGCCCCCGCCCGGUGGGACGAUGGUGAAGCUUUGGAUGUGGCUGUACACAUAAAGGGACAUACUAAAAUCAGACUUAUUCGUGCUGGCAUUGCCAGGUUAUGCAGUGAUGGGGAAGCUGUCUUCCUCUACUACACUUCUGAGAACUCCAGAGUUUACCACAAAGAAGAGCCCAAAAGCAUUGAAAUAAAAGCAGAGUAUACAGAUGCCAUGGAGUUCCUGAUACAUUCAUACCCCAAGUUUGUCCCUGUGAAUAGUCUUCCAUGCGAGUCUCCUGAGGAUAAGGUGUCUUUAGCAGAGAUGUUGUUUGAAAGAGGAGUCAUACAUACAGCUGAACCCUUCCGACCAAAAUAA